AUGACCAACCUUAAGUCGGAACUAGAUGAAUACAUGCUACAAAAAGAAAGUCGCAGAAGCUAUUUCAGUUUUCCUACAAUUUCUACCCCAAGUUUCCUAUCGAGGAGUACAGAAAGUCCCGACGAUGACACUGUUACUUGGUUUCAACAAGCACAUAAAGAUUAUUGUACUUUGAGUCGGACACAAAGAUUUAUUGGCUUUGGAGUAUGUUUGGGCUUUGGAUUGUUGUGCUUCAUACUAUCAUUUAUCUAUAUUCCAGUACUGCUAUUGCAAGCAAAGAAAUUUGUCCUACUUUUCACAUUGGGGAGCUUAUUUUUUAUUAUGAGCUUCAGCUUUCUGUAUGGACCAUGGGCACACAUUAAAUCUUUAUUCUCAAAAGAAAGAGCCUUAGCUACCUCUCUAUAUAUAUUCACUAUGAUAGUGACAUUAUACUGUGCCUUAAGCCUCAAAAGCACACUUUUGACAGUGCUAAGUGCAAUAGCCCAAUUUACUGCUCUGUUCUGGAUGAUUAUGGGAUCCGUGCCUGGGGGAUCAUCGGGAAUGAGAUUCUUCGGAAACAUGUUCAAAUCUUCAGUAUCAAAUACGCUGCCAAUAUAA